AUGGAUAGACUACUCGCCUACCUAUGGACGCCAUUUCAAAGAGCAGUGGCCGAGGCCGAUAGUUCAGAUGCGGACGAGAUCAUAGGGCAAAGUAGGUUAAGCAAGCACCUUGCGCCAGGCACCGUGCUCAUACACGAGAGUCCAAUGCGGCGGGUCGUGCUCGAACCAAACAACACGGUCGUCAAGGCAGGACGACACCUAGUUCUUGCCGAGGCAGACGCCAUCAAAGUCGCUUCCGACGCCGGCCUCCCAGCGCCUCGUCUGCAUAGCCUGUCCACCAACGAGCAUCGCGUAGUGGAAAUACGCAUGGAUUAUAUUCCAGGGCAGAGCCUAGACAAACUAUGGCCAACCAUGUCCACUGACGAGAAGAAGAGCGUUGCCAGUCAGCUUCGUGAAAUUAUCGAGCAAAUGCGAGCGAUGGAGCCGCCACCCAACUACAUCGGCUGCUGCGGCGGCACUGGAAUCAGGGAGACCACAGUCCAUUCCAGAGACGAGGGGCCAGUCUGCAAAGACGAAACAGAAUUCAACAAUUACUUGGUAUCGUCGCUCUUUAAACAAAUCCCAACUGUACUACGGACCUCAUUCCGCAACCACCUACGAACUGACCAUCGCAUUGUUUUCUCGCAUGGGGACCUUACACCAAGAAAUAUAAUGAUGCAAGAUGGUAAAAUCUCUGGUGUUGUUGAUUGGGAGGACGCCGGCUGGUAUCCAGAAUAUUGGGAGCUUAUCAAGUUCAUUGAACGCCCUGCUGUAGGUGAUUGGAAAGAAUAUGCGGAGGUCAUAUUCUCUACGCUUUACCCCACUGAGCUAGUCACUUAUGCGGGCAUGUCUAAGUGGCGAUUCUAA